AUGGCGGACCUCGAAGACGUUAAGCUGGACGGGAGGCCCCUACAAUCUCUUCGCGUGGCGGAUUUGAAAGCUGCUUUAGAGGAGCGCGGGCUUCCUAAAAGCGGACAGAAAAAUGCUCUCAUUAAGAGACUCAAAGGGGUACGUUUCGUUAAGUAUUUGAGACCAUUUAUAACAUGCAGUCGCUAAACCUCGGUGUUGGCUAGUAGAGACUGGCGGAUGCUUGUCUUGCAGGCCGGAGUUCUUGACUAGUUUGUGAAAAAAAAUAUGUGUGCUGCUUACUUUAUGUGGUGUUGAUGUUUUGUCGUCGUUGGAAGCUUUGUGCUAUGUUGUACCAUUUUAAAUUGCUCGUUUGAUAAAUAAAUUGUUAACCAAAGUUUAAAUGGACGUGUGUUGUUUAUGUGAGACACGUCUGGAAGGUAGCUAUUGCUGGUGAUAACUAGUUUUAUCAACCGCGGCAGCGUCAUCGCUUUGUUGAUGUGCAAAAGUGGUGUUGUGGGUGUGUGGGUUGUGUGGUGUGUGUGUGGGUGUGUGUGGUGUGGUGUUUGUGUGUGUGUGUGUUGGGGGGGGGGGUUAUACAACGUGGACGCGCCUGCAAGGUAACUUACUAUUUACUGUACUUUAAACAAGUACGCGUUGGGGAAGCGUAGUAACCAAUAAAAUUAAUUAUAGUAAAAAAAGUUUAAAUGGUUUUGUGCCUUGUUUAAUUGUAUAAUUAGAAGAUGUAAUGUUGCAUCCAGUGAAUUGCAUAGCUGGAUGAACAGUCAACACCUGUAGUAUCAUAAGAAUGAGCCAUAUAUCGGCCAGUCUACGCUUCUUCUACGACUAUGAAACUUUGAUCUUGACUUUGAUGUUUUGCAGAACAGUGACUGUUGCAUGCCUGUUGAACCAGUAUGACCAGUAUCUGGGCCGAGGAGGACGAUAUUCAUCGGCUCCUCCUUGGCCCAGAUACUGGUUCACACAUGCCUGUCUGCCAUGUGAGUGCUUUCCUCUGAGCACAUCGUGGAGCUAACUCAACAACAUGACUAUCAGAUGCAAUACAACAAUGACUAAUUAUUUAGGGUGUAAAAGGUUGUUUACUGUGUUUUCUAUUUGUCAUCAUUUCUUAUGUUUGUGACAGGCUCUCAUGCUGGAGAACCUCCAGAGAACUUCACACCAUCACAUAGGACUGCAGCCAAACUCCCAGGUAAGACCUAUCAAGAUGUUGCAUAGCAAGGAUCAUGUUUUAGCACCAUGAAGAAUGCACUGCGUUGCAGAAACAUUGGUUAGGUUUACCCAUUCAAUUGUUGGGAGUAUAUAUUGUGACUUUCUUCCUUAUUUAAUUUUUUUUUUUCUUCCAAUGAACCAUAACAUAUUUAAAUCGUCUCCUUGUGUAGAUAUUUGGCAGUUUCUCUGAUUACUUCUUCAAGAUGAUGGUUAUGGGCAAGGAUUUUAUUAGUCUGUGUAUUUCAGAUUGGUGAAGAGAUGAGCCAGAACAGCUUCAUAAAGCAGUAUUUGGCGAAACAGCAGGAGCUCUUGAGGCAGCGUCUGGAGAGAGAGGCCCGGGAAGCAGUCGAAGAUGAUGGUAAGUUGGCAGUGCCCCCCCCCCCCCCCCCCUCACCUGUACAUAUUGGCUUGGAGUUUAAGCUUGAGUAGUUUCCAUGCCAGCUCCAUGCCUUUACUGAGAAAGCUUUGUUUGUGUAUCAAAUCAGAUCAACUACUCAUCUCUUGCUCAGGUUACUUUCCCCUCUUACAUAUCACUACUAUGUUUUUCCAGAUACAGACCAAGAGGACCACACACAGGACAAUAACAGCUCUGCCUGUGCUGCCCCAGACCCGGUUAGUUGCAGACUAAUCGCUGUAUACUUUCGUUUUUUAAGUCUCCUGUUGUACAACUUGCAUGUGUGAGAAAAGCUUGCAUGUAUGAGAAUCUUGCAUGAUUGAUGUGAUCUUGCAUGCAGUUUAAUGAAUGCUUGAACAAUUGCUUGCAUGGGAGAAACUCUGGCAUAGUCCUGCAACAAACUCAAUCUCAACACCCUUUCUGUCCUCAUCAGGAUGUCGCACCCGUGUUGGUUGACCAGCUCAAGCUUCUUGGCCCCUCCGAGGGAGAGGGACUAGCAGGCCCAGCAAGCGAUGGAGAGGGGCACAUGUCCAGAGAUGGCCAUGUGUCUGGUCCACCUGCUCCUACCUCGCCUACCUCUGCCCCUGCUGCCGUUGCCUCUCUGGCUGUGCGUGUUGCUGGUGGCGAGCAGCGACCGGAGAGAGUCCCAACCUCUAGUCAAGUCCCAGCAGAUGGCGAUGAUGACGGCGCUGAUGAGGACUGGGAUAGCGGUGCCAGGAGGAGGAAUCUAGUAGAGCCACCAAGAGGCCAAUUAGCAAGAGCGAGGUCUGGAGGAUCCCACCAACACCCACAGCACAUUCCCCCCCUGUUGUCUCCGCAGCUUCGACAGCCUACCCCUCCUCCCUCCCCUCCCCCAGAGUUAUCAUUCCCACUGCCUGAUACACCUAAACAAAGCCCCCCUAGUCCAGGUGAGCCCCCAGCUAGGCAGUGUACUUCCAGUACCUCCAGCUCUGGCUCCUCUAGCAGUGGCAGUCGUAGUAGCAGCCCAGAGCCACAAAGCAAUGCAGAGCGCAAGCCUGGCCCACUGACCCUGCUGGCACGCAAGAUGGCAUCAGAGGGGGCUUUCUCUGGAGUUGGGUGGCAUGGACGUGGGGAUGCAGAGAGACAGGACAACAAUGCUGCAACUGCAACAAUGUCUUCUGCUAGAGGUCCUCAAGAGGGCAUAGUGUCUGCCAUCACCCACACAACCAAUGCUGCAGCCAGUUUGCCCUUCCCCAGACAGGUUACAGUAACCAACCAGGGAGUCCUUGGAGGCCAUCUCCCCCACAGUGAAGUUCCUGUGAGUGUGCUUAGGCCCACUAUUAUGGAAGAGCGAGAUGCUACAUGGCAACAAGAAAACAAGGAAAAGGAGCUGCAGGCAGAGAGGGAAAGAGAAAAAGCCCUUGAGCAAGACAGACUUAGAGCUGUAGAGCAGGAAAAACUGGAGAGGCAGAGAAUAUUUGAGCAACAGCGUGCCGUGGAGCAAAAUAGGGAAAGAGCUUUGGAGCGAGGGAGGGAGAAGGCUUUGGAGGCAGAAAGGAAGGAAAGGGAAAAGGCUUUGGAGGCAGAAAGGGAGGAGACUGAGAGGGCUUUGGAGAAAGAGAGGGAAGAGGGAGAGAAGGCUAUGGCAAGAGAGAAAGCCCUGGAGCUUGUUAGAGAGAAGGCUAUGCAGUUAGAAAAGCAGAGAGCCAUGGAACGAGAGCGAGCUUUGGAGCAAGAGAGGGAGGAGAGGGAAAGGGCUCUGGAGCGGGUGGAAAGGGAGAAAGCUUUGGAGCGAGAGAGGCAGGAAAGGGAGAAAUCCUUGGAGCGAGAACUGUUGGAGAGGGAGAAAGCUUUGGAGCUAGAGCGGCAGAAAGCUUUGGAACGGGAGGAGAGGGAGAAAGAGAGGGAGGAGAAGGCGAGGGCUUUGAAGCAAGAAAUAAUUGAACGUGCGAAAGCCCUUGAGAAAGAAAGAGCCAUGGAGAAAGAAAGAGAGGAGAGGGAAAAAGCUUUGGAACAUGAGAGAGAGAACAAGGAGAUAGCCUUGGAACAGGAGAAGGUCCUGCAGAGGGAGAAAGAGGAGAGGGAGAGAGCUUUGGAGCAGGAGAAGGUCCUGCAGAGAGAGAAUGAGGAGAGGGAGAGAGCUUUGGAACAGGAGAAGGUCCUGCAGAGAGCGAAAGAGGAGAGGGAGAGAGCUUUGGAACAGGAGAAGGUCCUGCAGAGAGAGAAGGAGGAGAGGGAGAGAGCUUUGGAACAGGAGAGGGUCCUGCAGAGGGAGAAAGAAGAGAGGGGGAGAGCUUUGGAACAGGAGAAGGUCCUGCAGAGAGCGAAAGAAGAGAGGGGGAGAGCUUUGGAACAGGAGAAGGUCCUGCAGAGAGUGAAAGAGGAGAAGGAGAGAGCUUUGGAACAGGAUAAGGUCCUGCAGAGAGAGAAGGAGAGAGCUUUGGAACAGGAGAAGGUCCUGCAGAGAGAGAAAGAAGAGAGGGGGAGAGCUUUGGAACAGGAGAAGGUCCUGCAGAGAGCGAAAGAAGAGAGGGGGAGAGCUUUGGAACAGGAGAAGGUCCUGCAGAGAGUGAAAGAGGAGAGGGAGAGAGCUUUGGAACAGGAGAAGGUCCUGCAGAGAGAGAAAGAGGAGAGGGAGAGAGCUUUGGAACAGGAGAAGGUCCUGCAGAGAGAGAAGGAGGAGAGGGAGAGAGCUUUGGAACAGGAGAAGGUCCUGCAGGAGGAGGGAGAGUGGAACAGGAGAGGUCCUGCAGAGAGAGAGAGGAGAGGGAGAGAGCUUUGGAACAGGAGGAGGUCCUGCAGAGAGAGAAGGAGAGAGCUUUGGAACAGGAGAAGGUCCUGCAGAGAGUGAAAGAGGAGAGGGAGAGAGCUUUGGAACAGGAGAAGGUCCUGCAGAGAGUGAAAGAGGAGAGGGAGAGAGCUUUGGAACAGGAGAAGGUCCUGCAGAGAGAGAAAGAGGAGAGGGAGAGAGCUUUGGAACAGGAUAAGGUCCUGCAGAGAGCGAAAGAGGAGAGGGAGAGAGCUUUGGAACAGGAGAAGGUCCUGCAGAGAGAAAAGGAGGAGAGAGAGAGAGCUUUGGAACAGGAGAAGGUCCUGCAGAGAGAGAGAGAGGAGAGGGAGAGAGCUUUGGAACAGGAGGAGGUCCUGCAGAGAGAGAAGGAGAGAGCUUUGGAACAGGAGAAGGUCCUGCAGAGGGAGAAAGAAGAGAGGGAGAGAGCUUUGGAACAGGAGAAGGUCCUGCAGAGAGAGAAAGAGGAGAGGGAGAGAGCUUUGGAACAGGAGAAGGUCCUGCAGAGGGAGAGAGCUUUGGAACAUGAGAAGGUCCUGCAGAGAGAGAGAGAGAAAGAGGAGAGGGAGAGAGCUUUGGAACAGGAGAAGGUCCUGCAGAGGGAGAAGGAGAGGGCUUUGGAACAGGAGAAGGUCCUGCAGAGAGAGAAGGAGAGGGCUUUGGAACAGGAGGAGGAAAGGGCUAAGGUGGCUGAAAGAGAGAGGGCUAGUCAUCUUCCUCCAUGGAAGCGUAGUCGUGAGAUUGGUCUUACCCCCCUGCGUACUCCUCCCCUCUCCACAGGAGCAGGUAAGAUGGCGGCAACAGAGGAGGGUGGGGAGCCCAAAGUGCCAUCCCUACCCCAAACAGCAUCAAGAGACAACCAGCCAGCUGAAUCUGGUACGCCCCUGUCACAAACUCUAGCAACGUCUCUAUCACCACAGUCCUCCUUCAAGAAGUUCCGUUUCUUGAGAGACCCCCUAGUUCUAUCCCCAUCUUCAGCAUCCCUGGUCAUCAAGAGGCCCCGUACAUUCUCUGAAAGCCCCCAUCCUCAGGCCUUAGCUCUCCAGUCCCCCAGCAAACCUGGGGAACCAGAGCAGGAAGUUACACCGCAGGGGCCCCAGCCUUCUGCUGGACAAGCAGCACCAAAGAAGCCUGCAAGACAGGGGGUCCUUGUUUCUGUAGCAAACACGUCAGGGACGACAGGGCCAGAGAGGGAGACCCCAGUGAUUGCCACAAUGGGUAAGAGUCCUGAAGAAGAAAAGGGUAAGAGCCUGGCGUCAGAGGAGCAUCUCCAAGCACAUAAAGAGGAAACCGACAAACAGGCGGUGGGAGAGAUGACCAGAGAAACAAACGCCCCCUCGGUUCCAGCGGGAGCUGUGCUACCUCCCUCAACCCCACCAGAGAAGGGCAAGGUAGAAAAAGGAAGGGAGAGAAGUCAAAAGAAAGAAGAAAAGCAGGGAAGACGGGCUUCCUCAUCUAGUGACUCCUCAGAUUCUGACUCUGGGUCGUCGUCCUCACGUUCGUCUGAUUCGUCCUCAUCAUCCCAGGGCAAAACACACACCACUCCCAGUGGUAGAAGGGUGAGUGGUCUAUAGGUGUUCUUUCUCUCUCAAUCAGUGAAAUGACAGUGAUCCAACAGCAAUAUGAGAAUAGUAAUGUUCAUUAACCAUGUAGCCUAGUACUUGGACUUUCUUUAGAUUUCUUUAGGUUGUUUUUCAUUCUGUCAGGGCCUAGGUUUGACAGGACCACCCAAUUAGUGACAAUCAAUGGUUCAUUGGAGAUCAGAAGCUGUUAUUUCAUUCAUGUUCAAAGGCAACUUGUCCAAAUGAUCAAAUCCAGAUGUUCAAGAUGUUUUCAAGAAAGGUUUCUGAUUUAUUAAUAACAUGUUUUGCUGUAGUAGUGAAAGAUGGAGGCAAAGGGGUUUCCUGUGCACAUAUAUAUGCAAGUACAUGGGUAUAGGCCUAGGUGUGCUCUUGCUGGUAAAGCACACAAUGAACGUUAAACAAUUUGCAGCAAAACAAUUAUGAAAUAUGAAAUGAUUAUUAAGUCCAUUGUCAUGUACUGUAUUUGCUCUUUGCAUUGCUUACUCAAUAGCCCAUUAGACAAGCCGAGACGUUGUCUAUGAUAUUUUGCCCAAUAUACAAUUAAUUGACUUGUUCUCUCUCUCCCUUAGCCUGAGAAACCUUUGACAAACACCAUAUCCCAGCAUAAGGAAACGGUUAGUCAACCUGAGAAUCCAACUGAGGCCCCAAAAGCCCCACAGCACAAAAAGCGAGUAUCUGGGGAGGAGGAGGACAUAACCAUUGAUGGAGCCAGACACAGAAAGGUCAGCAGAGAUUCAAACUGUAGUCUCUUUAUUCUCUACAAAUCUCCUAAAUAUCUGUGUAUUUUUAUUGUUUUUUUAUGGUUCUUCCCCUCUGACACCACCCACUUUAUGACCAUCAGAAGCCGUUCCUUGGGAUACCUGCUGGAGAAGACAAUUGGCAGAAGAAAAACAGCGUGGGAGAGGAGGUAAAGACAGACACUACA